AUGCUGGGUCACACAGGUACCCUGUGGGAGGGAGACGAGGCUCUAAAGCCAGCUUCUCUGGUAGACGUGAAAAUCGACCCCCUAGACCAUGAAGCUCUGGUGCUGUAUCACUCAGCCUUCAGAGAGGCAAUUAGAGGAGUCACCAAACCAACCUUCAGCUACUCCCAGACGCAUGGUGCGCUACGCUAUCUGGCCAUCUGUAAUCCGAUAAUCGGUAGCAUCUCUCCCGGGCUGCAGCAGAUGAAAACGGUUGUGAAGCAAAUCGAAAAAGUAGUCAAGAGCAGGCCACCCAAAACCCAAGAAGAAGCCGCACUAGAAGUUCGUGCUGUGCUGAAGAUCUUGAAGAAAUGCACAGGGAUCUCGACUGCAAGCCUAGAGAGUGAUAAGAGUCUCUUAUCCGCUGUAGAAGACCUAAUAAGUCAUAUUCGAGAUGGGAAGCAAAAUGGAUUUGCGAGUGUUUUUCAGUCCCUUGCGUCAGAUUCGGUCUUCACAGUGGCUCACAGCCUUCUGUAUGUAGUACAUAGUUUGGGCUUAGGCAUUCGAUAUGUCAGUGAAUCGGGAGCACGCCUGGUACCCGGUUGCCUGAAAACGGCCAUGCAGAUUCAACACGUGGCGGCCCCAGGGCCGCGGUUUCCAGGAGGUAUUUUUGGUGCAUUUAUUCGGUACUUCAUCCGCUCAUUUAGCAUGAUAAUGUUUCCUCCUCUCCUGGCACUCACAGGGGGGUUGGCAGCAGCGAUGGGGGUUGCAUGUCUCAUGGGAAUUCCGGUUCUGCUCUCGAAGAUUGCCAGCUUCAUCGCAGUCAAGGCCAUAAACACUUCAAUUCCUGUAUACAUGCAUGCGCAGCUGUUCCGACUGCAAAGAGAUCCCAGGGGCGCUGCUUUAUUGAAGGACGCUUUCAAAAGCAAAUUUGCAGAUAUGCUGACAAAAAUGUGGCAGCUGGAUUCUACCCCAGCGAAAUCAGCUGGCAGCGCCCUCCCACCCCUUACUACCUUCUCCAGUGAAGUUUUUUCUAAGGGUUUCCUCACUGGAGUGGUAGAAUUUUCCAGGGAGUUUUCUUUAUUCAUGGAGUCAGACUACCUGGAAGGAUACGAGGAUGAUGCCACCAAGUGUUAUGAACAAUCGGUGGUCCUCGCGAAGACAAAGCUGAUUUGCGAGAAUACGUAUCGCCGGACAGAGUCUUUUGCUGCGCGAUGUCGUGGCGCCCUGAAUUUUAUCAGCUGGGUGUCCUUCAGGGCCUACAUUGCAGAUCUGAUGUCGAUAAUGUACAACACCGCCAAAAUUACGCUAGAGGCCUUGAGCAACCAGAGCGGGCAUGUGUCGAUUGAAACCAUCAACGAAUCGUUCAGGAGGGAGGAAAUCGCGAAUUCCUUUUCCAACCUUGUGACAAUAAAACCAGGGCUUAAGAAGGAUGUCCACAACAUUACCGCUGGGUUAGCUGGUAUCGUCAGUUUUUUGGAGCUGCGAAAGCUGCACAUGUGGAGACCUCGGUCCGCGGAAAGCACAGAGAGGGUGCGAGUGGCUGCAAUGCAAGGCGGUCAAAGCAAAAAAGAACAGGCUGUGCAAGAGCUGAACAUGCCUUCCUCCGAUUAUCCGUCUCUGGUCAAUGAGCGAUUCGAGGCUUUUGCCAGUUUAGAUGUGCCUCUCGAGCUAGCUUUGGCGGUGCCAGAGCCGCCUACGGCCGCAGCCGUUGAGGACUAUUCAACUACGGCUGCUGAGGACGUUCUGUUGGAAAAAUAUGCGGCGAAAAGGGAUUUGCUGAUGAUGUCGCUGCUUAGACGCUCCGUGUCAAAGCUCAUUUCAGCAUUUAACAAUAUCUUUGGAAGACUUGAAAAGAUGGUAAUGGUCGCUGUUGCCCAGGAAAGGGUGCAGCCGUGCAGGCCUGAGCAGAAACACUCCUGCUACAACUUCGAUGAGGCCACAAAGUCUCGGUUCGCAGUGCUACAGUUUCUGGUGGCCGCGCACUUCGGGGUAUCUGUUGGGGAGGAGGACCACACCGCGUGGUCCAACGAAGACCUUACGCAGGACUUCAUGACAUUCUUCAAGGACGCCGCCUGGUUUAGAUAUAGGAGCCGCCGACUGAAUAUUUUCCGAAGAAAGCCCAGUUGGGGCCUGGACAUGCUCAUAAAACAUCUGUUCCCAGAUGGCGGCAAAAGAGCGGACAAGGAGCAACCGUUGUCACAGGAGGAGCUAUCUUUAAUUGAACAAGCAGGUGCUUUGUGGUGGAAUAGUUGGCCUGGAGACCCUUUUGCUGCACGGCAGCAAGCUCAACCACGGCAUGUCUUCGGACCACAUGGUAACAAGCACUUUUUUUCAGCAAACCGUAAGCUUGCUCCUGAGCAAUUUUUCACUUUAGCUGCUGCAGGACCGGAUGUAGCAAGCGCCAAGACCAGAGCAACUACGCACAUGCGCACUGCGGGGUCUUUGGGCCAGAAUAUGCGGGCUCCGCAAGACGCAGCAGUCGUGUAUGCUUUCUGCUUCCGUAUUCCUAGCGAGUCAAUAUACUUCAAACUAGAGCGUCUUCAGUGCAAUAAGGAGGGAUCAGUUCUUUUGCUGACGACAGAUAUGGGAAAGGUCAAGGCCUUUAGGCCGGAGCCGCCCUUGUCCCAAGAAUUGCAGAAACAGCUGUGCAUCCCCGAAUUCGAGUUUGUUGGCCUCAACGGGUGGUACAAAACGAAGGGAAAAGGCGGCCAGCUAAGCGUGCCUGGUGUACAGGACAUUGAAGGCUUCGCUGUAGACGCGUCUGUGAUCUUAAGGAGCAGGCAGGAGGACGAAAAGGUUGCACAUCUCAUAGAGGCGGCGCUCUGGUCUAGAGGCAUUCCGAGGAUCGACGCGGUCCUGGUGGCAGACCUGAUGGUGGCGACAAAGCGCAUGCUCUACAGAGAAGAAACGUGGGAGUACUUUUUCAACACAUCCACGCCGGUGGAUUGGGAUUUCGUGCAGCAUACACUUUCGUCGGACAUGCGCCCGGACAGCUCUAAAUUCGCAGAUUUUGAACACACAGGCCUGUAUUCCAUUGACUUGUCAGCGGAAGCGGUAUUAGGUCUUAUUAGCAGGUCUCUGGAGACCACAGUCAUCGUGGCAGGCAGCUUGCGCUCCGGGCUGCUCGACUUGGCGCUGAUAGCCAGUGGAUCGCUUGCGCUGGAAGCCUACAGAGUGGUGGAGAGGAACACAAGUGGCUUCACGAGCUUGUUUGGCAAAUUCCAGUCUAUUCUAUGGGACGAAUACGCAGAGAGAAAGCAAAGGACAGGAGAGAGGCCUGUGUUUCACCACCAGCCGAAAGAACGAUUCGCAACAGCAUCACAGCCACUGGAGCCCAUUCACCAGGACUCCCGAAAAUCUGCUUUCAGUAGGGCCCUUCAUGUCGAGGAAGGAACAAGUGAGCCUCUUAUCGAGAGCUGGUGCGAAGAAUUACACAACAGCGCAGUCACAAGCCCAGACGAACCCCACUCUGCCAAAUUAGACGCACAUGAUGCGGGCGUCAUUCAAUGUGCCCUGCUUCGCUUCCUGGGGAAACGCCAGACGGGCGUUCCAGAUCAAAAGGAAAAGGAGGCGGUUUUUAAAUACUUGAGCCAUGUAACCCAGCUUUUGCGCAAAUCGAAAAAAACCAACAGAUACUCCUGGAAAGUGUACUUGAAUGCGAAGCCACCCAGAAAAGGAGAGGAACGCGAACGAGCCUCCGCACUACGCGUAGCUGCUGCUCGCGCCUUUACCGUUCUUAAGAAAAAAGUGACGCGCGGCAUCAAAAUUUUGAUGCAUAAAAUCCGAAGCGAAUCCGCAAAACGGAUAUUUGGUCGUCGAGUAUUUAACAUUUUGCGCGGUCCCGAGUACUUGAGGACUUUGCAGUUGGCAGCUGUUGAGGCGUUUGCCGAUCAGUCUCUGUAUCCAAGUCGAGUUUUGGUGCAUCCAAUGGCGCUUGUUGCCUUUGGACGUAUUCGAUCUAUUAUUGAGGUAGCAGUGCAGCCGCUAAUGGAUCGCAUUGAGGGAACAGAAGUUGUUGUACAGAUGAAAAUGAUGCCUACUCCUUCGCCUACAAUGAGACGACUAAUAAGACAAUUGCAAGCAAAGCUGGGAGCCGCGAGCGUUGACUUCGGCCCAGCAUACAAGCAGCAUGUGCGGCAGGCUGCAGGCUACAUUACGCUGUUACACGCGACAAACUCUGCUUCUCCCUACGUUGGCCCUCACCUUUCUUCUCUGUUCUCUCGUUAUGCAUAUCUCGUGAAUCAGUCCGAGAAGUCGAAGUCGAAGUACCUCAUCGCAGAAAGACGGCUUGCUUUUGAAGAGCAGGCAGGGCUUAAGCUGGCCAUUAAAGCCAGAGAAGCGCUCACACUGCUGGAGGCAUCCGCGAAAGAGCCUCUCAAGCAACUGGGCAUACAUACAGCCCCUGCCCUGCUUAGUUUCACCGUACCGGAAUCCUCCCCGCCGAGUGCAGCUUCGCUUGGCCUCCUGGUUGAUUGUGCAGCAGCGCAAGAGAUGCACCUGCCUCCCCUUGGACGCGCCUCGAUACUGUUAUACUGCACUGUGGUAGUUCCAGUGUUGAACAUACCAAAGCAUGUCCAGAUGAGGAAAGUCAUCUUGGAAGUGCUUAGGGAGUUGAAAGAGAUGCUUAUCUCCUCGGAGUCUCCCGUUUACUUUCAGCCAAAAGUGGAGGACACAUCGCAGUCUCUUCCCUUUGAUGACAUUGAGUCUCUGCUUGCGGUCGUUCAAGCCCUGAAGUUUUCUGAUGAAACGGAGGCAUUGUCAGAGCUGAAAGCAGUCUUCAUGCUCCAUGCUCCCCUCAUCAAGUCUCUAGAAAUCAUCGGACUGGGAGCUGAGACCUAUGGAGAAGGCUCCAUUGCGUCUCCCUUGCAAUGCACACCGAAAGACCGGAGUUCUGAGCUUUGGUACACGACUCCCGUCAACACAGUAAGCCGCCUGCGGAUGAUAUCUUCCCUUUUACUGCAACUGGCGGAUGCAGAAGACGUAAUCGAGCAGGCAACGGCAUCUACCGUGGAAGACAAGGAGACAAAAGGGUCACAGGAAGAGGCAUCGGGUAUAUCCGCAUUGAAGGGCCAUGGGCUGCACAGGGUAACUGCAGCUGUGGCUACAGGCAUUGAGGAUAAGGAACCAACAGGCACGCUCUCAGAACACAAAGGAAUAGCGGCGCUAGACAUGGCGUCUAAGCAGAGUCCAGCUCAGAGAAUCCCCAUGUCUGAUGGACCAACUGACAACGGAGAUCCGGAAGCGACUCCGAGAAGCGCUGUCGAGGCCGCGAGCGAAAAAUCCCAAAUGCCGAGGCCAGUGCCGCCGCGCGUAUCAGGAUCAGAAAACAGAAAAGCGGAGAGGGAACUCUCGGUUAAACACGAGGUGGAAAUGUCGAUAAAGGCGAAGCGUGAAGCGCUGGAAAACGCCAAGAAGAUCACAGAUUACUUGGAGAAACAGAUUUCUGAAUUCGACGCCCAUACAUCAGCGUUCGCCUCCACUUUCCAUCUUUUGCUGUCGAUCGCGCAGCUCUCUUCGCUUCAUUUCACCGCCAUAUCUGACCGCAUUGUUGAGCUGCUUGAAAUCGCCAUCCUUGGGAGGCCCAGGAAAAAGAAUAGGCGGUGGCUGCUGGGCAUCAAAGCUCUGAGACGCCGGGGGAACCGGUGGCACACGCAAACCUCUGAGGCUAGGCUUCCGGUUGACGCAAUGCAAAUACCACUCAAAAAAAGAAAAGUGGAAAACGGAGGUGGCCAGUCCUACUCCACUUUGUUUCUGGCAUCAUCCGUGAAAAAUAUUUUGAUACUCCUAAGACAGACCUGGGAACGCCUUCUCAAGGAUGAUCACUUGGCAGUGUUAAGUUCUGCAUGCAAGCAAGGAGCCGAUCUGUGGCUAGGCGACGACCUGCCAGCGCAUGCUGUGAACGAGCAGAAUGCCGCGGAAGGAGAACUGAUGGGCUCUGCAGUAUGGAAGGCCCAAGCACAGUCCCAGCAAAUCCGCGAAGGCAGACAGGAACUUUGCACGCAUCCUCUUUGGCUCGAACACCAGUCAAGAGUGUUGAUAGAGCACAGCAUGGUGGAGGCAGAAAAGCUGUUUCCGUAUUUUGUGCGCAUGGGUCUUGAAAACGUCAAGUUGGUGCAAGCGAAAGGAGAGCAAGCUCUCUUAGAUUAUCUGUGGGACAAGCUAAUUGUUGCACGCCUAAUCGGGCCGGAUGUCUCGGCUGAGGCCGUUUCAUCUGCCCUAGAGCGGGCGCCUCAGGCUAUCUCCGUCCUCCAGACGAAAGAGCCGCUGAUGGCCGUCAGUUCAGUCAGCGUCUUGACGCUAGAUGCGCUGGAACUGCUUUUGCGAAGUCCAAGUACGACAAAGGACGGCCUGAGAGAGAUGAUGCAGCAGCUGCAACAGCAGGCAGUGGAGAAGGCUGCUGCCUUUCUCCUCAGCAAAACAGCCGCAGUGGGUAUGGAUGCCGCAAACGCCGCCGUGAGGCAGCUUGUCGAAACGUCGGGACCAUUGGUCGUGGACGGGUCUGCCAGUGACAGUACCGCCAGCCCGAAGUCAACAUACUCGGACUUGCGCAGCUGGUUAGUGCAGGCCUACUUCACAGCCGACUCUCUGCUGCUUCUGACAAGGCCGUCGGCCUUCAACCCCACCGUCGCCUUCAUUGACCUCAUCCAGCAUAUCAUCAAGCCCCGAAGCCAGGUGUCCAGCGUAUGGCGCAGAGCCCUCAAAUCCACACGUCAGCUGGCCAGCUCCUCCCUCGAUCUGCUGCUGCGCCUGCCCCGCGCCUACGUCCGUUACAGCGGGGACAACAGCACGACAAAAGAGUCCCUCUGA